AUGGCAGAUGCCUUCAGAGUCCUAGAAAAGUAUUAUCUUUCUACCAUGUACAGCCUUGAGUUCAUUUUAGGCUUCAUUGGAAACACCAUUGUUAUGUUCGGCUAUAUUUUCUGCCUGAAAACCUGGAAAAGUGGCAACAUCUACUUGUUCAAUUUGUCAUUAUCAGAUCUAUUAUUUCUGUGUACUCUUCCAAUACUCGUGAGCAGCUACUCCAGAGAUCGAUGGACACAGGAGAGCACCUUGUGCCACAGCAACAGAUUCAUGUUGCACGCAAACCUCUACAGCAGCAUCCUUUUCCUCACCGUUAUCAGUAUUGACCGAUACAUGCUCAUAAAAUACCCUUUCAGGGAACAUUUUCUACAGAAGAGGAAAACGGCCCUUAUCGUGUCUGUUGCCAUAUGGAUCGGGGUGAUACUGGAACUGCUGCCGUUGAUGUAUUUCCUGGAGCCUGUAACGCCUCAAAAUAAUCACAAGUGUCUUGAUUACGCCAGCUCUGGAGACCCCACAAAAAGCCUCAUCUACAGCAUGUUUCUGACUGUCUUUGGGUUCCUUAUCCCUCUCGUGAUCAUGUGCUGCUUCUACGUGAAGAUGGUUCUUUUUCUUAAAAACAGGAGCGAGCAACUCCAUUCUGUCCUGACACUUGAAAAACCCCUUACUUUAGUCGUCCUCGCAGUGGUUAUCUUCUCAUUGCUCUUUACUCCCUACCACGUGAUGCGCAACGUCCGACUUGUGUCCCGAAUACCUGCCCUGAAUAUAUCUGCGUGCACGCAGGGCAUCAUCAACACCAUUUACAUCAUCACGAGACCCAUUGCGUUUUUGAAUAGUGCCAUUAAUUCUGUUUUUUAUUUCUUGAUGGGUGACCACUUCAGAGAGAUGCUGGUGGCUAAAGUAAGGCAGCUCUUGAGCAGGUUUUUGAAAACCGCUGGCAAAUGA